AUGGCUCUUCCUAAGCGCAUCAUCAAAGAGACCGAACGUCUCAUGGCGGAACCUGUUCCUGGAAUUAGCGCCGUCCCUCACGAGGAUAACCUGCGUUAUUUCGAUGUCGAGAUCCACGGCCCAACCCAGUCGCCCUACGAAGGCGGUAUCUUCAAACUCGAACUCUUCCUUCCUGACGACUACCCAAUGACACCUCCCAAGAUUCGCUUUCUCACCAAGAUCUUCCAUCCGAACGUUGACAAGCUCGGUCGUAUCUGCUUGGAUGUUCUGAAGAACAACUGGUCACCUGCUCUACAAAUUCGAACCAUCCUCCUCUCUAUCCAAGCCCUGCUUGGCGCACCGAACCCUGAUGACCCCCUCGCUGCAGACGUAGCUAAGAGCUGGAAAGAAGAUGAACAAGCAGCUAUUGCAACAGCCAAGGAGUGGACCAAGAAGUAUGCACAGCCAUAA